AUGGAAAAUGAAUCUUUCAAUCCCCUCUCUUUGUUAGAUAAAAACCAAGCGUUUGAUGCUGAAAAAUUGAAAUUGUUAGACAAUGUGGUGGAAGCUUUAUUAGAUACUAAAGAUAAGAAUAGAAGAGAUUUUGCACAGAAUUUGUUAAAUCAAUUUAAGAUGUUAGAUACAUCAUGGAGAUCUGUAUCAAUAAUAUUAGAACAUAGUGAGAAUGUGAAUACAAAAUUUUAUGGUUUACAAAUAUUAGAAGAAUGUAUAAAUAAUCGUUGGAAUAUAUUACCUUCAGAAGAAAAAGAAGGUAUGAAGAAUUUUAUAGCUUGCUAUACUAUUACGUUAUCAACUGAAGGUACAACGGUUGGUGUAGAUAGACAUUUAUUGAACAAAUUAGAUGAGACUUUAAUUCAGAUUGUAAAACAAGAAUGGCCUGAUUCAUGGUCUAGUUUUAUUCCUGAUAUAGUAAAUUCAGCAAAAUUAAAUCAAAAUGUAUGUGAGAAUAAUAUGAAAUUAUUAAAUAUGUUAAGUGAAGAAGUAUUUGAAUUUGGUAAUGAGACCUUAGUUAAAAAGAAGAAAGAGAAAUUGAGAAAUGAAUAUGCUAGUCAAUUUCAAGAAGUUUAUAAUUUAUGUUUAUAUAUAUUAGAAGCAAAUGUGUAUAAUAAAAGAAGUACGAAUACCUCUUUGAUUAAACAGACAUUACAUUGUUUAUCUAAUUUUUUUAAAUGGAUUCCUUUAACAUAUAUAUUUGAUAAAUAUAAAUUUAAUGAUAAUAAUAUUCAAAUAAUAGAUUUAUUGUUUGAUCAUUUUUGGGAUGAUAUAUCUUAUAAAAUAGAAUGUGUUAAGUGUAUACAAGAAAUAGUUAUGUUAAAAAUUGAUGAAAAAAACAUCCUCUAUUUUGAUAAUGUGUUUAUAAAUUUAUGGACAAAAUUAGUUAGUAAAAUAAAAUUAUUACCAAAUGCAAAUGAAAUGAAAAACAUUCCACCAGAAUUAAAAAUAUUUUGGGAACAAUAUUUUUUACAAUUAAGUAUUUGUAUAACUAGCUUUUUAAAAAAUUAUCGAGAAAAAAUUGUUGAAAAAAACAAUAAUACUAAUGAUGUAAAUAUUGUAUUCAAAUUUUUAAAUAUGUUAGCUAAUAGUAAUAUGGAAGAAGUAUUUUUAAUUAUAAUUGAUUAUUAUAAUAUUUUUACAGAACAAUUAAUUAGAGAAUUAAUAACUCGUUUAGAACAAGAACAUAAUUUUAAAAAUAAAAAUGAUAUGAAUUCUUCAUCUCUUGAUAUGAAAAAUACAUUAACGACAAAUAUGAAUUUAGAUUCAUCAUCUAUAACAAAUAGAAAAUCAUAUAGUUUUGUAACAAUGAAUAAUGAUAUAAAUCUUUUAAACAACAACAAUAAUAAUAAUAAUAAUAAUCUUAGUAAUAAUAUGAAUAGUAGUAAUAUUAAUUCAAAUAUGGUUAUUAAUAUUAAUGAAUAUUCUUCUAUUCUAGACAAAAUUGAUUUAAAUCCAUCAGAUAUUAAGAAAAUGUGUCCACGUAUAAAAUUAUAUGAAUUUAUAUUAAACGAUAUUAGAAAGACUGUUAUUGAAAAAAUGGCUAAACCACAAGAAAUUUAUAUUUCUUAUGAUAAUGAGACUGGUGAAGUGGUUCGAGAUUUUGAACCAGAUACUACUGAAAUUUCUUUAUAUAAUACUAUGAAAACAACAUUGGUUUAUUUAACUUAUUUAGGUUCAGAAAAAACCAUGGAAUUAAUUGUUGAAUUAUUAAAUAAAGAAUCAGAGAAAUCGUUAAAAAAUACGAAUAAAAAUGAAGUAUGGAAUAGUACCAAAACGAAUAGAAUUAGUUAUGCCGUUGGUUCUAUAUCUAUGUGUAUGACUUUAAAAAAAGAACAAGACUUUUUAAUGUACAUUCUGAGAAUAUAUUUACAUAUGAUUGAAGUUAAAAAUGGCGAAGAAAAUAGAGCUAUUCUAGCUUCAUGUGUUAUGUACAUUGUUAGUCAAUAUCAUAGAUUUUUAAAACUUCAUUGGAGAUUUCUUAAAACGGUUAUGAAAAAAUUAUUUGAAUUUGCUGAAAAUGAAAAGGUACAAGAUAUGGCAGCUGAAACCAUUUUAAAAAUAUGUAAACAAUGUAAAAAUGUUAUAGCUAAAAAUAAUCAUAAUAAUGAUAAUAAUGAAUCUUUUUUUAGUACAUUUAUUAAAUUCCAUAAUAAUAUUAUGCAUAAGCUACCAGAAAAAUUGAAUCUUUUAUUAUAUGAAGCUAUAGCUCAUGUUAUUUCAUGUUUCCCUUAUGAAGAAAAACAAGAGAGUAUAAAAGUGUUAAUGAGCAAAUUAAUGAAUUUAUGGAAUUCAUUAAUAUAUGCAAAUAAUAAUGGUGCUAUAAAAGAUAUGAAUAAUACAAAUUCUUUAAAUAAUAAUAAUAUAAAUAAUAACAAUAAUAUUAAUAUUAAUAAUGAUGAUAUGAAAAAUUUAGAACAUUUAUGUACUUAUGAAAAUUCCAAAUUGAUUAUUACCUUUGUUAGAGUAAAUUGUAGAUUAGCAUAUGCAUUAUCUUAUUUUUAUUAUGAACAAUUAGCUUUAGUUUUUCUAGACUUUUUAAAAAUUUAUCAACUUUAUAGUAAAUUCAUUAAUUUAGAAGUAGAAGCAAAUGGUACAAAAAGAAUUAAGCAUGCACAAUUUAGAAAUUUGUUUUUAAUGAAAAGAGAAUUCUUACAUCUAAUCGAAACUACCAUAGAGAGAAGUUGUUAUAAUAUACAAGAUUUAGAAAAGGAGUUGUUAAAAAGAGAGCAAAAAAAAUUAAAAAAUGAAAUUGAUGAAUCCAUGGAAAUCCAUUUACCAACAAUUGAAGAAGCAAAACAAAUAAAUUUUCAAAUGACAAGUAAUAUAUUAAAUGUAUUAUUAGAAACGAUAUUAGUUGAUUAUAGAGAUAGUAAUCCACAUAUAAAAGAUGCAGAAGUAUUUUCAUUAUUAUCAACAGUUUUUAAAAAAAUUGAAAAUGUAACAUGUCCUAUCUUACCAACAGUACUAAAUUAUGUAUUAUUACCAACAAUAGAUAUGAUUAAAAAUGAUUUCUCAUCUUAUCCAGAACAUCGUGAAAAAUUUUAUAAUUUCUUAGAUGCAUGUGUAAGACAUUGUUUUGAUUAUUUAUUUACAUUAGAUUCAGAAAUAUUUAAUACAUUUAUUCAAUCUUUAUUAUGGGCUAUAAAACAUGAACAUCCAUCGGUAGCUGAUCAUGGUUUAAGAAUAACACAGCAAUUUCUUCAUAAUAUUAUAAUAAAGAAAAAAGAAUAUUUAGAAGAAUUUUGUAAGGCAUUUUAUUACAUCAUAUUAAAUGAAAUACUAAAAACACUAACAGAUUCUUUUCACAAAUCUGGUUUUCAUUAUCAAACCAUAAUUUUAAUGAAUUUAUUACGAUUGUUAGAAUUUGAAGUAGUAAAUAUACCGGAAGUAGAAAUAACAAAACCACAUAUAAUAAAACAUGUACAAACCUUUUUAACUCAAUCUUUUGAAAAUUUAAACCAAAAACAAAUAGAGACAUUCUCCGUCGAUAUGUUUAAUUUUUGUGUAGAGUCUCCAUCAGCCUUUCGAUCCUUCGUUCGAGAUUUAUUAAUAUCACUAAAGGAAUUCGCAACAAAUCAAGAUGAACUUUAUGAAGCCGAUAGACAAGAAGCAUUACAGAGAGCAAAAAUGGCAGAAGAUAAUAAACUCAUAAAGUUAAGAGGAUUAAUGAAGGAAGAUGUCCCAAGCUUUUCAGCUAUAGAUGUUGAUGACGAAUGUAUAAACGUUGAAUAA